AUCGGAAGACUUGAACAGUUCCCAAUAUCAAUCUCAACCUCAACAUGAAGCUCGUCUCGCUUACCUUUGUUGUGUGCCUGGUGGUUCUCUGCUGCCUGGAUGAUGCACAGGCCCAGAGCACCGACUCAACUUCGUCGCCAGCUACGAGCACCAGCAACAGCGGAAACGCCAAGAACGUGGUUGUCUCCAAUUUGAGGUACACGGCGGUCAGGCGCAUUCGUGUGGGCAGCUCCACCACCAGCUCUGUGACCACUCGCAGUGCCUCAGUGCGCAACAGGAAGCUGAGGGCCAAGCGUGCUCAGGCCAAGCGCUCCAAGAGUAAGGCUCUCAACGGUCGCAGGACCAGGGGCUAAGCUAAGCACUCGGGAACGGAUCCCCACAAUCUGACCUUGUUAUCUGUUGCGCUAAAAGUCAAAUGUUUUAUUUUUGAGCUCAUUCUAAACACACAAAAACACUUAAGUUUAUCGACGGGCGAAUUAAAUUAGAUAAAUACGUAAA